AUGCAAGUCGUCCUUGUAGCAGAGCAGAAUAACCAACUCGUGAAUUUAAACCAUCAAGCUCGUCCCACUGGAUCUGCUCCAUUCCCUGAAGCGAAUGUUACAUCAUCCAGCUAUGAUAAUUGGAGAGGACGAGGUCAUGGAUGUGGUGGAAACCGUUAUCAUGGUCGUGGAAGAGGACGAGGAAGAAGAUUUUGUCUCUAUGAUGAAAGAAAUAAUAAGAACUUCCACGAGAAUGAAAGGAAUGAAAAAGACCGGGAUGAUAAAAGGCAAACGGAAAAGGUUUGCUACAGAUGCGGCAUGAAAGGACAUUGGAUACGUAACUGUCGUACGCCAAAACAUUUAGCCGAUCUGUAUAGAGAAUCCCAAAAGGGAAAAGAGAAAGGAAGAUGUGAAACAAACUUCAUCUCUGAUGAACCCGGACCAUCCUUUCAUGGUUUAAACGAUGAUACUCAUCUCGACGUGUCAGACUUUCUGGUUAAGCCAGAGAGUAUUGAUGAGUGA